UGUAACGCACUUGCAAAGAUGACAAGAAGUAGAAUUAGAUAUAUUUUUUUCUUGUCCUUUCCUUAGUGAUGCAAUUAGUAUAUAAAUAACUUCUAGGGCCUAGAGAGUGUUUCUGUAUGUAAAUCUUUAUGCAGCAGCAGGGAAUAUGAUUGUAAACAGCAGUAGUCCAGGUUGUACAGAAUGAGUCGUAGACUUCCGGGCUGUAAACUGCUUUGUGUGGUGAGGAGGAGAUCGGUUUGGCUUAUGUGAGAGAGAGUCAUCAUUCUCAACUGCACAGGAGACCUGUUGUCUGAAGUUGGAGGGACAAAGUGAGAGAUGUCAGCACUUUCUGUAGUCUAGAGAUUUGUCUCAUAGUUGCAUAUCCUUUUUUCUGGAAGGACAACACCAUGACCAUAAUUGAGGGCGUGGGAGAUGAGGUGACCAUUCUUUUUGGAUGUAUGUUUAUCUUCCUUGUCCUCAUCCUUGCAUGGAUAUCCACACAUACAGUGGACAGGAGCGAACAGCUGUUUGCGUCUGUGGUAGGUGCUGUCUCCCACUCAUCCGUACCACAUGAAGAAAGUGCCCAGGAUGCUGGCACUGAUGGUGAAAUUCAGCCUGAUGAAGGGGAUUCCAGUCAUGAUGCUGAUGGGGAGAAAUCAUCUUCUAAUAAUGACAACCUGGCUACAGAAACGAGCAGUACUGAAUCUGAUCUGAGACACAGAGUGACCUUGCUGUCUCAUGUUGAGCCCAAUAUAUCUUCAUUGCAUCAGGAGCCUGAAGUCAGCCAACCACCUCUUAGUAACUCUGAAGAAAGGAGAAUGGUGCUUCGGCUAAAAUUUUUAAAUGACACUGAAAAAAUGGCUAGGAUAAAACCAAAUGAUACGGUUGGAUAUUUGAAAAGGACCUACUUUCCUGGCCAAGAACAUCAGGUACGACUGAUAUAUCAAGGUCAGCUUCUGCGGGAAGAUAGCCAGACUAUGUCCUCACUGCAUCUUAAGGAUAAUUCUGUCAUACACUGUCAUGUUUCCCAGCAUGCUACCCCUCAGAUGCCAGCUGGGACUCAGUCUGCAGAACAGGUGCAUGCAGCUCUGAAUAUUGGUAGCCUCAUGGUUCCCCUGUUUGUACUGAUGUUGGCUGUGUUGUGGUACUGUCAGUUUCAAUAUCGACAGCUCUUCACAGCUACAGCCACUGUUUCACUUGCAGGUUUUACUCUCCUGGUCAGUUUAGUGGCUUUUUCCAUGUAUCGCAGAUAACCUUCUUCAUGUGACUAAAGCUGAGACCCAGUUUCUUAAAAUGUUUAAGGGCAACUCUAAUGGAGGCUUCUUGUUUUGCUGUGGCCAUCCAUGUUACUGCUGCAGUCUGAAAGGUGUCUAGGAUGAUUUGGGCACUGAACUCAUCUGAAAAUAAUCAUAAACUUCUGUGCAAAGAGGAAUGGUCCACACAUCUAUCAGUGUGGAAAGUAGGUAUUUGGGAGGGUGUGGAACUGGAAUGAUUUCUGUUAGAGUGACAAGGUAGAGUAACAUGGAGUUGCAUAGCAAGUAUUUGCUGAGGAUGCAGAAUAUACAUUUCAGUUUAAAUCGCCUACCUGGCUUGCCCUCCAUUCCAUUCUCACAUCCACAGUUUUUGGGUUUAAUGGAAGUGUAAUUAGAAUUUGGUGAUGCUGAGAGAGUCAUGUUACUUUACCAGCACUGUUUUCUCAUUCAUCACUUGUUGCUAUAUAGAGGUCACAGUUUGUCUAGCAUGUUCUGAACUCCUCAGUGUUAUAUCAUGGCAUAAACCCAGUUACUAAUUAGUAGAGUUAUGAGCCCCUUACUUGUACAUCUUUAACCAAGGGGUCAUCUCUCAAAAAGAGUUUGAGAGGGGAAGGCUGGUUUAAAAUACCUAAUUACAAAAAUUGCUCACAUCCUCUUAAUGUUUAGAGCAUUAAAAUGUUCUCACUAGUAAGAACAUGAAUGGAGCUAGCAGCUUGUGUAUGUCAACAUGGCCAUUUGUGUACCUGUUUUGCUGAGUGUAUAUUGUAACCUAAGACUAUGGGCAUUUCAGUAGUAAUUCUGAGUACUUUUACAUAAUUUUUGAAAAGCCUCCUACUGCAGCAAAGGGAACUCCCUAAUCCACUUUACAGUAUCAGAGUAGUUAGAGCACUUUCUGGCAAAGCUUAAUUGUUUUAAGCUUUCCUUAGAUUUGAAGUUCAGUAUUCAAGGCAUAAUGCUAUGAUGUUUCACCAGACAGAGUAUCCAAAAACACAGUGGUUGAGAACAUUCUCUGAUACAUUAAAAUGCUAUUAAAACAAAACUGUACCUUCCAGUGUAGUUAGCAUCAGGGUUAUUUUUUCUCUUAAUAUCCCAUAGACAUUUAGUGUUCAGAAACCCUUCAGUGCCUUUUUUUUCCAUUUCUGCUUGUUUUCCUGCCACAGAUCUCAAAGGUCCCACAGUUUUUUGCUAUUAGACCUCACAUUUCAGAAAGAAGAUGGUCUCAGCCUGGAUAACAUAGGCUAGAUAGAAGAGAUAAUGUAAUUUUCAGUGUUGCUUAUUGCCCACAAAUUUAGAGUAAAGUGAUAUAAGCAGCUGAAGUCAAACUUUUCAUAUGAUCGUGUUUCACUGUGAUCAUAGGAAGUUACUAGGCUAUUGGCCCUGAGGCCCCUACAAGCCUAGCCAAGAAUUUAGCCCAUGCUCCAAGAAAUCAGCACCUGAUGCUCUUCUCCUGUCCAGCAGGAUCAUAGGUGAAACCUAGGGGUAUAUUUUGUGUUCCCCAUUCAUUUAUCCAGGUUGUGCUUAAAAAAGGUUCUGUGGAAUUAGUUGGAAACAUCUUUUAAAGGAAUGAUUAUACUCUAAGACUGUGUAAAAAAAUGGUAAAUGCUGUCAUGUUUGGUUAGUGAAAUUUUGCCUUUAUCCACAUUGGGUAAUGUGUUUAAUUUUGUAUAUAACUAUAAGCAGUUGUCAUUUGCCUUACUAGUUCUUUAAAGUGAUAACUGGCAAACACUGAUUAAUGAUCAGAGCUGGUACUUGUAUGCCUAAUAGGCACAUGGGAAAAUGAAAGUUCUGGAUUAUUAAGGACUGCAGCUUUGAAAAUUAUUAAAACCCUGCUUUUUCAAUUAGUUUAUAAUGUAGAAGAUGCUAAUAGGCCACAUCCACAUAAGGCUUUUUGCAAGCUUAUUGUAAGUAAGGAUGUAAAAAGUGGCCUGAACUCUGCCUUUAUAGAUCACCUAAAGUACAGGCACUCACUGUAACUAAAUGAUGAAGAAAAUAAACUUUUAUUUAUGGUAUCUAGACUGUAGCAUGUUAUAGCUCCAUUCUGGGAGGAGGACAAAUGAACUGGAAAAUCAAAUGGCAUCAGUGUUGAUAGGCCCUGAAGUAGCCAUUAUGGGGUAUAAGAAAUUAAAAUCUAAUAAGAGACCAUAAUUGUUGUGCACUAGUAAUUCAUAGGAUAUCAAAAUGUUAAAAAAUAUAUGUCUGAGUUUUAGGUUGGAGUUUUCCUGUAAUGAUGAGCAACAAAAGUUAUGUUCUUGCUACAUAGAUUUAAGUGACACAAAGGGAAAACACAUAGGAAGAUAUUUUAGCAGAAACAGAUGGGCAGUGGGUAAACGAGCAAUUUUGCCAGUUUUGUUGUAAUUGUAUGUCUUAAUCCAGGGCUUUCUUAACUUUGUAACAUUAUUACAGCAAAGUGGAUGAAUUGAGCUGCUUUGGAGUGGUCAGAUCAGCCUAUUUCCAUUUCAGAAUUUGAACCAUGUUCGUACUAUGAACUGUAAUAUUCCAUCUCACAGGUCAUUAGCCCUGUCAGUCGGGGUAUUAAACCGACAGCCCCCUUCUAGUGUCAGAUAUGAUCUUUGACCAAUGUUAUUGUAUUUAUUUCUCAGUCUCUGUUAACUAGGUUGAAUUUACUUGCCUGCCCUGUUAAUUUAUCCAUUUUCUAAGAAUCAUUCAAUUUCUUUUUUUUUUUUUUUUUUUUUUUACAGUUUGCAGUGAUACAGUAAUUGCUCAGUCUCGGAUACAUUUUUGAGUGUUUAAAAGUAUUCUAACCACAGUUUGAUCCUAUGUAGUCAAAAACAAAUAGCAGUGUUUGUUGUGUAGUCAAUCACCCAGGAAAGUUUGCUGGAUAUUUAUAGUUAGCUUUACCUUUGGUGGGUAAGUAGUGGUUAACUACACUGUGGUUGCUGAUGCAAAAGGAUAAACUGUGCGAACAGUUCACUAGAUUUUAUAGUGUGCACUCUUCAACAUUACUCUGUUUCACUGUUUUCUAUUGAUCAUACUACUGUGAGGGCACAGUCCACUGCUUUCUGCUGUGAACCAUCCAGUUUUUCUUUAUAUAAAAAUGUGCCACUGUUGUAGAUAAUGUUAUAAACAGUUUUUGUUACUGUACUGGGCUAGUGGCUUUUGAAGAUGUUCACAGUCUCCCGUGUCUUUGGUUGUGAAAGCAAUAUUCUCAGAAACAACUUUAGCGGAAGUAUAGAUGCAGUGAUCCUUGCUCUUCUGUGUAGCACGACUGCCAUUCACUUUAAGAAAAUAACUUCAUAUUUUUAUAUGUAAUUUGCCAACUUUCUGUCGUAGUUGUUUCAGAAUGCCCUGAGAGUACCAUUUUGAAGUCUUUAGGACUUUUUCUCUCAAUUUCUUUUAUGUUGCUUAGCAUUUGUCAUGCAGCUACAUAGUUCAGCUAGAUGCCUUAAAGUGUAAGCUUCAUACUCACUUUUUUUCUUGCCUAAUCACUAAGCAGAACAAAGCCUCCUUUCACAGUGAAUUAUAUAACUUCUUAGCAAUGAGACUUUUUCUUAAGUUAAGAGGCUGUAAAUUGAGAGAAACCAAGUCAUACUUGUACUGUCUCACUCUUUAGUAUUGCUGAUCAUUGUGAGCUGUCCCCACUCUGGCAAACUGUUUGAUCGAUAUGGGGUAGCCUUUAUGAAGUUGUUUGGGAUCAGCAUAACAUGUGCAUUAUAUACAAUUUAAAAAAUAUAUGUAAAUAAAAAUCGGCAUGAACUUAAGAUGA